AUGGAGGGGACAUGGAUAUUUACUACAAACUCUGAAAAAAUUGAUGUGAGCACCUAUGAUGGAAAAAACACACAAAAUCCAGUUAGUGAAGACAAGAGAUACCAGGGCAGGACAAAUUUCUUCCAUACCGAAUUUAAUAAGGGAAACGUAUCUCUUUACCUGAAGAAUGUCAUGGUCUCUGACAAAGGGAAAUACACCUGCAGUGUCUUUUUUGAGAACUGGUAUGAUGAAGUGGUUGUUGAACUGAACGUGGCAGUACCCAUUACUGUGAAUCCAGACUGCCGAGAGCUAGAGCUCCGAGUGUCUGGAGCGCUGGACACCAAGAGCCACGCCUCUGAAUCUGCUGAGCUGAGCGCUGCCUCCACAGUCCCCGUCCUGGUGGGGCAGGAAGGGUUUACAGCUGGGAAACACUACUGGGAGGUGGAGGUGGAGCAGCAGCAGGACUGGGUGCUGGGCGUAGUGAGGGAGAAAGGGGAACAAGAGGAGGGAGGACUACUUCCCACGCAGGACUACUGGGCUCUGCACAGAUCCCAGGGAGAGCUUUUCGCUAGCGAAGGAGACGUUAGGGUUGAGAAGGAGCAGCUGCGGUGUUCG